AUGGACGCACUUUUCGUCAUUCAGAGGAAGGUGGAAGUCAAUGGACCUUCAGUGGGUGAGAAUAAAAUGCCAUCCGGAGUCACGGCCGGUUGCAUCGAUGGGCUUUCAGGAGCACAAGAAUCCGUAGCUAUCACCGAGUUGGCUUGGCUCGCUGCAGUGCAUACUUGGCGUGGCUGGAUGGCGCAAUCCAAGUUUGCUGUGUUGCGUCUGAGUAGGCUUCCACAAUACUUUGGUGAGAAGGAGGUUCUUGAAUACUUGAGCCAGUUCGGAAAAGUGGAUGCGGUCUACAUGCCCAAGUCUAAGAAAACUCUUAGGCACCAAGGAUAUGCUUUCGUGAAGAUUUCCAAGGAACUGGCCCCAAUAGUCGUUUCUACCCUGGACAGUGUGUUGAACUUUAAUAAGCUGAUGAAAUACAAACCGCACAGAGGCGACUAUCAACAAGUAUCCAGUCAGAUAAGGAUACUUCCACCCGGUAACUCAGCACAAUACCAACCCUUGCAUAUCCCACCGCAACAGCCUCUGGAUCACCAGAGCUUAAUUCCGCAAACCAAAGGACGAACAGCACCGACUAUAAAAAAUCGUCCAUCUGUAACUCUUUCGAUGCUUAGCUGCCAUACCACCUGGAGGAAGCACGAAUGCCGGGAUACUGCCAAGUUGCCCAAGGCUAGACGAGGGAAGUCGAGAGGCGGAGGUCGGUUUCGAACCACAGACCGCUUAAUUCCGCAAACCAAAGGACGAACAGCACCGACUAUAAAAAAUCGUCCAUCUGUAACACUUUCGAUGCUUAGCUGCCAUACCACCUGGAGGAAGCACGAAUGCCGGGAUACUGCCAAGUUGCCCAAGGCUAGACGAGGGAAGUCGAGAGGCGGAGGUCGGUUUCGAACCACAGAC